UUAUUAAAAAUAUACAUUACACAUAGGACCAAACAGUGUAUAUUGGUGUGCAUAUACAGGCAACAUGUCAAAUCAAGUUUGUUAAUUUACGAGCCAUGAUAAAAUGCAAAUAACAGACAGUUUACAAAAAUCGUUUUGGUAUUAAGAAACAUUAUUGCCAAGAAUAGGCUAUAUUAUUUAGUAAGAUCUUGCAAGGUACUAAUGUAUUAGACAUUCAAUAUAUUUGUACAGAUAAGUCCGUGCAGCAUUAUUGGGCUUAUACCCUUCAAAUAUAUAUUUACACUAAUGCGAGGCAUCCUCAUAGUUCAAGUUCAGUUUUUAUCUGGGUUACAUCCUUUGCUCUGCACAUCCCCUCUUCCCUGAAUGGACACAUUUCCCAUUACGCCCUUCAAUUUUCCCUUCUAUCUCUUUUAUUUCAGCGAUUUAAUUAGGCAUAAAUUCGAUCCUGCUUUGCUAUUUGUGAGCUAUUUGUUUCUGACCUUGCUGGGUAAUCACAUUCAGCCACUGUAUCCGCACCGUCACCUGCUAUGCCUGCGUCUCCUAAUAGGUUCAUGCUGGAAAGAGUUAGCUUAUUAUUCUAAAAGGUUUUGUCGGGUUAAGCCGUGCAUGUGUGCUUAAAUGUACAUUUCAUUAACAAACUGCGAAGGUAUAAAGCCGGAUUUAUGGAGCUUCAAAAGAUCACAGAGAGGACGAAUUUCAUCUCCUUUUGGGCGAUAUCAUCCACGAUGUCUUUCAGUGCGCACUGACUCGAGAUAUAUGGUCUUUUACAUUUUAAGCCGCUGACAAAACACUUCAUCAUUCUGCAAAAUACAGCACUUAAAAAAAACUCAAGCGAACAACCGUCCAAAAUAUGCAUUUAUAUAAGCCUAAACAAUAGCCUAAUCACAAUUAGCCUUGAUCUACAGCAGUAAAUCAGCAAAUAAAUGUGGAGUUUGUUGAACUAUUGUUGAAGUGGGCUCCUAUAAUAUUAUUUAAAAUAUAUAUCUACGAAACUAACAUAUGUAAAAACUAUUAAUCAAUUGCGUAAUGAGCAGAAGAACAAUUUUCCAAAGCAAAUAUUGGCUUUAGGCAGCGUUAGAUGGUGCCUUGACUUCAUCCUCUAAGUAGCCCGUAUUGAUAAACGGGACAUCACACGGGCCACUGUCUGUUUGCCUGAGCCCUUCAAUACCAUUAAUAACAACAUGAUUCAAUUAAUCUCAUUCAUUCACCAUGCAAAAACAGCUUCAAAGAUGUAGCACAAGCAUGCGUUCCUCGGAGAAUUGAAAGGAUGGUAAGCAGGCUAAAGGUAAAGGUUGAGGUGAAAGGUGGUGGCCUAUUUGCAGAUUAAAUGUCAUCCAACAAAAACAAGCAUACUGAAAAAUAUAUAAUAGCCACUAUUUAAUGAGCUCCCUAAUGAAUUUUAUACAAAUAAAAUGUUUUCUAAUAAUAAUAAUAAUAAUAACAAUAAUAUUUAUUUAUUAUUAUUAAUAAUAAUAGUCAUAAUGAUUAUUAUUAUGAACAUACCUAAUAAUAAUUAGUUUUAGGACAUACGGUUGGCUAUUUUGAGAGCAGCGCUGCAAAACCUGCACCAAAAAACAGAGAUAAGCGAAUCGCUGAAGAAAUAUCGAGCUUUACUAUUUGUUUUCUAACAGUUUCGUAGUUCUGACCAUUAAGAAAAAAAUGCUACACCUUUUUUUUGUAAGCUCUAAUAGAAUGGUUGUGAGAAUAAUUGAUUCGAGCGUCAAUUACACCAGGCUUUAUUUUCAUUACAGCAGGGGCAGAUAUUCCAAGCUGUAGAUCGAUAAGACGUUAUAUUACUUGUGGUUAAAUAAGUGAUGAAUCUAACCACAGAACAUUUUUUUUCUGUCUAUCGAUAAAAAAGGUACAAUCGCAUCAAUGUUUAAUCUCUCAAAUAUACAAGAAACAAGAACAUUCAAGUACAAACCACAGAUAAGUAGCCUAUAAUUAAACCUCGCAGCUCCCGUGAAGCACAACGACACUGAGAAACAUUUUCUCACACGAUCCAGGAAAUGUUAAAAGAGUUUACAUAUUCCCUCUCCGCUUUCUUUUUCUUGGGAAUAUCCCACAUGCGUCGCUCACCUGUGCGCGUGUGAAUGGCUCCUAUGCGCUCAUUUCCUACUUAAUUCAUAUGUUAACACGAGCAAUGAUGAGGGUCGUUAGCACCUCUACAAAGAUCUUUAUUUACAGAUUUACAUUGUUUUUGUACUUAUUUCACACGUAACAAAAUCAGUGCUGACGUCUACAGAAAGACUCAAGCGAAGGUUAAGUUUAAUUCUCCAAUGACUACAAAAUAGCCUAAUUUUAUUAUAAAAGUACAAUAUUUUAAACUGUUCGUUUAACCAUGCAGUAUUCGAGCACACAAAUAAAUGACAAGAGAUUCAAUUAACUUAGCUGUAGACGUUUUCGUUCAGCAGCUUUCAAUAUAGGCUAAUUGGCCUAAGAAAAGUUAAGUUUGCGUUUAGCGCGGGCGAGUGAAUGCACGUCAGCUCUGGAGAUGAUUUCAAUCAUGCAGGCCGAUUUUCUCCCCUCCGCCACCGCUAAAUGGUCUAUGACGGACGAACAGAGGCGAUGUUACUGUUGUUCCCUUUGUUGACAAAUCCAUGAAACAACUUCGGCUCAGCGGUAUAACAGCGCGACCUCUGACGUCGGCGGGUCACGUGACGCGGCUGAUAGUAUAUCUUUAAGUGAAAAGUAAUCUAUCAGACAGUCCUUAAAGCCUGCUUUUCAAAGCAUGUGUCAUCUUGACUCCUCGGUCCAAAACCACGCUUAAGUUUCCAGGACAUAAAGUGGAAAGGAGACGAGGUGUAGAGAAAGAAAGAAGCCUUUGGACUGGAGAAAUAUUUUCUAAAGUUGAAGUUUUCCUGGCAGGCCGGGACUGACCUGCAUUUAUAGCCACUGGUCGUCAUCUGAUCUGACCGCUGCUCUUACCUUGGGUUGCUCCAGCAGUAAAGUGAGCGGUGAUGACCCUGUCUGGAGGCACCAGUGCCAGCAACAUGUCCGGUCAGACCGUACUCACAGCUGACGAUGUGGAUAUCGACGUGGUCGGGGAGGGCGACGAGGGGAUGGAGCGGGACAGUGACUGCGAGAGCCAAUGCAUGCAGGACCGGGGAGAUGAGGUGGAGGAAAUCGAGGUGAAGGAGCGCAGCGACAGUCCAUGCGAGAGCGCCGGCGAGGGAGAGUCCAAGGGGGAUGCUCAGGAGAGCUCCUCCGGUCCCAUGCAAAGCAAGCCCAAGAGCAGUCUGGUGAAGCCGCCUUACUCGUACAUCGCCCUCAUCACCAUGGCCAUCCUCCAGAGCCCGCAGAAGAAGUUGACGCUCAGUGGGAUCUGCGAGUUUAUCAGCAACCGCUUCCCUUACUACCGGGAGAAGUUCCCGGCCUGGCAAAACUCCAUUCGACAUAACUUGUCCCUCAACGACUGCUUCGUCAAGAUCCCACGGGAACCGGGCAACCCGGGCAAAGGCAACUACUGGACUCUCGACCCCCAGUCGGAAGAUAUGUUCGACAACGGCAGCUUUCUGAGGAGGAGGAAACGCUUCAAGAGACACCAGCCGGACAUUCUCAGGGACCAGACCGCCCUCAUGAUGCAGAGUUUUGGGGCAUAUAGCAUUGGGAAUCCUUACGGACGCCACUAUGGAAUUCACCCGGCCGCCUACUCGCACCCUGCAGCCGCUCUGCAGUACCCGUACAUUCCCCCGGUGGGUCCGAUGCUCCCUCCGGCGGUGCCUCUCUUGCCCUCCGCAGAACUGAACAGAAAAGCUUUUAACUCUCAACUAAGUCCAAGUCUCCAGUUACAACUGAACAGCCUGAGCACCGCGUCAAUUAUCAAAUCCGAGCCGUCCAGUCGACCAUCGUUCAGCAUAGAAAACAUUAUCGGGGUCUCCAGCAGCUCCACGAGCGCACAGACUUUCCUACGGCCGCCCGUGACGGUGCAGUCCGCCUUAUUGAGCGCACAGUCCCUGUCCUUAACCCGGACAUCAGCCAUCGCGCCCAUUCUCAGCGUCCCGUCAAAUAUCAUCUCUGGACAGUUUUUACCGACAGCGUCCACAGCAGCGGUAUCUAAAUGGCCUUCUCAAUGAUAAUCAGACUAUUUUUUAGACAUAUAUUUUAAAGACGAUACAGCACGAACUAUAGGCAGCACUGGACAAUUCGUCCGCCCCAAUGUAGCCAUGUAAAGACUUUUGAGAAAAAAGAAAAUUCAUAAUCAAAAAGGAAUGCUUUCAGUACAGGUAAUGUUUGUAAAUAUUUGUACAAAGAAAUUAAUUUACAUGUUUUUCUUUCAUAUUUCAUUUCGUUGUUUAAACUUGAGUUUUUUUUUUUUUUCAUAUUUUGUUUUCAUCCUGAAAGAAGUGAUUUCAAGAAUAAUGUUUUUCCUUUUGUUUUCCAAUAUGAAAUAUUAAACUGUUCUUAUUGAAAGACUGAAAAAGUAUGUUUAUAAAAUUUAAAUAUAUGUAAUCUAUGUAGCAAUAUUGUGUUGUAAAUCAACUUCAUUUGUUAAUAAAUAUGAAAACAAUCCAAUGCAUCUCA